AUGACUGGAUAUGGUCAAGAUGGGGGAUUCAGUGGACCUUUGAAACCCAUGACAUUUCCUAUAUCUGAAGGUGAAGAAAAAAAUAAUCAAGUUAUAUUUCAGUUUAAGGCUGAUGCUACCGACAAGAAAUUUCAGUUAAGUGGUGAAACAGAUGACAUUUUUUACAUCCAUCCAGAUGGAAUACUGUAUUAUACUGGACUCCUGGAUAGAGAAAAGAAAGCUGUCUAUGUACUCCAGGUAGAAGUCUUGGAUGCUGGAGGGAACCGAGUAGAAGGCCCAGUUCCUAUCACAAUUGAAGUUCUAGAUAUUAAUGACAACCGUCCCGUCUUUCUCCAGAGACAAUACAAUGGAACUGUAAGGCAAAGUUCACGCCCAGGAAAGCCCUUCAUGUAUGUCAAUGCUACAGACCGGGAUGAUCCCACCACUCUCCACGCCCAGCUUUUUUAUCGAAUUGCUGUCCAGCUUCCCAAGAUAAACAAUGUGAUGUAUUUUCAGAUAAACAACAAAACAGGUGGAAUCUCCCUUACUCGAGCAGGGUCACAGGAAUUAGAUCCAUUUAAGAAUGCACGUUAUGACCUCGUGGUUUCUGUGAUGGACAUGGGAGGUCAGGCAGAAAAUUCUUUCAGUGAUACCGUACCUGUGAAUAUCGUUGUGGAAGAGAACAUUUGGAAGGCACCGGGGACUGUCACCAUUAAGGAAAAUUCUACUGAGCCUUAUCCUAUCAAAAUUACUCAGGUGCGGUGGAAUGAGCCAGGUGCCCACUACUCCUUAACUGAAAAGGAGGAACUACCUAGAUUCCCAUUUUCAAUUGACCACGAUGGAAUUAUCUAUGUGACUCAACCCUUGGAUAGAGAAGAAAAGGACUUGUAUAUCUUCUAUGCAGCUGCAAAGGAUGACCAUGGACUACCCCUAGCAAGACCAUUAGAAAUUCAUGUUGAAGUUACAGACAUUAAUGACAAUCCCCCCAUUUGCCCUGCUUCAGAGACAGUAUUUGAGGUCCAGGAGAAUGAGAAAAUAGGCAGCAAUAUUGGAGUUUUCCAGGCCUAUGACAUGGAUCAGAAAGACACCGUUAACAGUUUUUUAUCUUACACGAUUGUGGAGCAGCGUCCCGUGCUUCCAAGUGAUGGUCUCUUCCUUAUUCAAAAUGUCGCUGGAAUUAUCCAGUUAGCUAAAGGAUCCUUAAGAAAGCAAGACCAACCUCAGUAUCAUCUGAAAGUGCAAGUAGCAGAUCCAGCUUUCAAGACAAUCUGUGAUGUGACAAUAAAUGUUAUUGAUAUCAAUGAUCAAAUCCCCAUUUUUGAAAAAAACGAUUAUGGCAAUCUGACUAUUGAUGAAAGUGUUGCUGUUGGAACAACAAUUCUCACCAUCCAGGCUACAGAUGGAGAUGAACCAUUUACUGGGAGUUCCAAAAUCCUGUACAGUAUUGUUGAGGGGGACCCUGAUAGAAAAUUUGUGAUCGACAGCGAUCCCUUCACUAAUGCAGGAUAUGUCAAGAUAAAUGAGCCUCUUGAUUUUGAAAUAGUGCCAAUAUACUAUCUUGUGAUCAAGGCUGAAAAUCCUGAGCCACUUGUGGAUAAUAUACAGUACAAUUCAAGUUCCUAUGCAAGAUUUAUUCUUAGGGUGUCAGAUGUGAAUGAGCCUCCUCUGUUCUCCCAGGCAUUGUAUGAAGCACAAAUAUCUGAGGAUGCUAAGAUAAAGACCAAAUUGAUUACGGUGAAUGCCACUGAUCCCGAGGGAGAAGCAAUAAGUUACUCCCUGAGUGAAGACACCCAAGGCUGGCUGAGAAUUGAUGGAGUUACUGGUGAGAUCUUUACCACGGGACAGUUGGAUAGGGAAACUGCAAAGAAUUAUCGAGUGAAAGUAAUAGCUACUGAGAAAGGUGGAUCCUAUCUGACUUCUUCAGCAUAUUUUCAAUUAACUCUCCUGGAUGUGAAUGACAACCCUCCUCGGCUAGUGAAAGACUACACUGGCUUCUUCUUCUGCCAUCCACUUACUACACUGGGAAGUAUCAUUUUUCAAGCCACUGAUGAUGACCAGCAACCACCUUGGGGUCCACAGUUUGAUUUCUCCCUUGGCGAUGACGGGUUGCAGAAUGACUGGGAAAUUUCCAAAAUCAAUGGCACCCAUGCUAAACUUUCCACAAAACACACAAAUUUUGAAGAAAAGGUGUACGAAGUUUCAGUUAAAAUUAAUGAUAGGGGAAGACCACCUUUAGAAAACACUGUCUCUUUCCCAGUCACUAUGUGCAAGUGUGCUGCUGAUGGAUGGUGCUUCCGGCCAGCGGAUUCUCUUCCUGGGAUACCCACAGCAGGCAUGGCAAUUGGCAUACUCCUAACAGUUAUUUUGGUCAUUGGUGGGAUUUUAACAGUUACAUUUAUCUGUUUGAAGAAAAAGAAGAAUCAAAAUGAAACCAAUUUAGAAAGUGCUCAGUCACCUGAAAACGUACCUCUAAGGACAUGA